CCAUCCUUGCCUAAGCCAUUCGAUAUCAGACAAAGGAGAAGAGAGAGAGGGUGGCACUGAUAAGACCAGUCAAGCGUGCAGAGCUCCCCCUAUAGUCUCUCUACUCCCCCUCUCCAACCUUUAUAUAAGCCAAAGCCAGGCGUGCCAUCAGAUACACAUUACAUGACUCCUCACCUUUUCCUUCUCUGCCUCUUAAGUUAUUUUUUGCCCUACGCAAGGAUGGCAGCUUUCUCAUAUCAACACCACCAUCCUCUCCUCCAAGAUUCUCCUUUCCUUCCAAAUAGUCCCAUCAAAUUGCCUCUUCCCCAACUCCAGGUUGGAGAGGUGACCAAUGUGUCCCCUGGCUUCCUCUAUUGUAACCCACCUGAAGCCAUCACAGAGGCCUCAGCAAAUGAAGCCAGGACCUUCGAGAGCAGCAGCUCUCUAAACAGUGCUACAAUACCUCCCUCGGCUGAGGCCCAGAUGGACUACUCUUCUUCAGUGUUGGUUGGUGGUGAAGGGGCCGCAAAACCACAAGGCUCGAUGGAGACGAAGAGAAAGAACAGAGAUGGCACUAGCUUGAGCUCUUUUCAGUCAAAGGAUACGAAGGAAAGCAAGAGCAGGAAGCACAAGUCCACAGAAGGAAAGAAGCCCAAAGCCGAAGAGGUGAAAGAGAGAGAACCGUGUGAUGAGGCUCCACCAGGUUACAUUCAUGUCAGAGCAAGGAGGGGUCAGGCAACAGACAGUCACAGCCUUGCAGAAAGGGUGAGAAGAGAGAAGAUAAGUCAGAGGAUGAAGCUGCUGCAAGGUCUGGUCCCUGGUUGCGACAAGAUCAUCGGAAAGGCCCUCAUAUUAGAUGAGAUCAUCAACUAUGUACAGUCCUUACAGAAACAAGUUGAGUUCCUCUCCAUGAAGCUUGCUUCUUUGAGCACCACAAUGUAUGACUUUGGUGUGGAUCUUAAUGGACACAUGGAUCACCAACAGCGAAUAGGGAGCGUGUCACGAGACUCGCUGCCGGUGCCAUCUGUACCUCGAAGAAAUCACAUUCGACCGAUAGCUUUUGAAGAGGACAUCAUCAAGGACUACCCCAUGAUGGACCCAUCACCUUUUUCACUGCAUCGGCAAGGGCCGCAGGCUGCCUCCCAGGACAACAGUAGUUUUCUUAUGCAAGUGGGCGAGCAAAGACAAGGGUUUCUCAAUCCAAUGAUGUUCAAUAGCAUGUGCUCUUUCCAGUAGAGAGAGAGAGAGAGAGAGAGAGAGAGGAGAGAGAGAGAG